CCCCUGUCUCCAGCAGUUUUCAUUCACCACGUAGCUGUACUGUUGACAAAAUGGACGGAGCACAGGCACGAGUUCAAGAAGCUAUUUCCAAAAUGGUUAAUAGCUUAGAUACGGAGUGUUUAAGAAAAAUGCAGGUUGAUAUGUACAAGUGUAGUGCUAAAUGCUGUCAAGAUACUAAAGCCAGCCUUGAGGAUGUACAAAAUUGUAUAGAUGAUUGUUCAAGAGAUGUCACUAAAGCUCAGGCUUAUCUCCAGAAUGAAAUAGAGCUUUUUCAAAAUCGCCUUCAGCGUUGUGCAAUGAGCUGUCAGGACAAAUUGCGAGAUGAGCUUCCAGCAAAGCCUUCCGAUAAAGAUGUAGAAAAAGGACGUUCUAGUUUAGAGAGGUGUGUUAUUCAGUGUGCUGAUCAACAUGUGGAACUGGUUCCUGGACUGACCAAAAAAAUGUUAGACAACUUAAAGAGUAGGAAUUUUUAAUAACUAAUCAUGUUAUAAAGUUUUAUUGUUUACUUGGAAUCUUUGGCAUGUAUGAAAGUGUGUUUGUUAUUCAAAAGUUUUUAUUUAAAAAAGUUUUUAUUUUUACAAUUAUCUAAUGUUGGAAUAAUGAUUUUCCAAUGAGAAACGAUUAAGUUAUAUUAGCAUUGUUCCAAAUGCAUUUACAGUAUUUUUUAUGAAGCAAUAGUCUGUGUAAACCACAGAUAAGUUAUGUGAAUAGCCUCUCUAGUUUUCAAAAAAAAAAGUCUACAUUAGUGUGUAGAGUAAUACUGUUGAACUGAUUAAUUUUUUUUGUAAAGCAACUUCAAGCUGAUGUUGCAAUUGUUGCUUAUUUUUAAAGAAUUAAAAUGAAAAUUUUAUAGUUCUUUUAAA